AUGGCGGGACGGAUGGGCGAGAAUGCGUCAGAGAGCGCUGGCAUCCUGGGGAAGCCGCGGAGGAACUGGCAGAUGCUACAGCAGCAUUUCUCCACAGUGCUUUCUAGCUUCAACCCAACCGAGUGCACUGCGGUGAUUGCUGCUUCUGGCGAGCACAAGCAGCUUUGGUCCCAGGCACUGCAAGCUUUGAAUUUGAUGCAAGAGCAAAUCCUCAUUCCUGACGUCGUGACUUACACGACUUGCCUUGUCGCAUGCACCAGAAGCAAAGAAGCACAAAGGGCACUCCUGCUCUUCGAAGACAUGCCCAGACUUGCGGUGAGGCCCUCGGAAGUUACUUUCGGUGCCGCCAUCCAGGCCUGUGCGACUUGUGCGAUGUGGCAGACGGGGCUGGAGCUCCUCGGUGCCGUGCCUCAGAACUCCUUUGCGGCCACAUCGGCCAUCAGUGCCUGUGGACAAGCUGGGCGAUGGCGUCUUGCUAUCGCGAUCUUAGAGGACUUGGGCGAGCUGAAGGGCACGGGUCGCGUCGCAGUAAACGCCUGCAUCACUGCAUGUGCGAAGAGCCGCGAGUGGGCUCCUGCCCUUAGCCUGCUCGUUAGAAUGGCUUCCCGGCUAACGCUUCCAGACGUGGUAAGCUACAGCGCGGCCAUAAGCGCCUGCGAAAAGGCCGGGAUCUGGACAGCUGCUUUAGCGCUGUAUGCUUCGAUGAUGUUGAGCAGGACGAAGAUUGAUGUCGUGGGAUUCGGAGCCUUAAUCAGUGCAUGUGAGAAAGCGGCACAGUGGCAGCUUGCAAUUGUCUUGUUGCAGCGAGCUCUGGAAUCGAUGAUGGUUCCCAAUGUCAUCCUCUUCAAUGCUGCUUCAAGUGCUUGUGAGAAGGCCGGUGAGUGGCAGUGCGCCAUGCUGGUCUUCGACACUUUGCAGCAUGACCUUCUGCCGGACACCAUCAGCUUCAAUGCCGUCCUCAGUGCCAUGGAGAAGAAACAGAAAUGGAUGCAGGCUGUCUGCCUGCUGUCGCAAACUGGGAUCGCUGCAGAUGUCAUCUCCAGCAAUGCCGUUCUAAGCGCAUGUGGUGGAGCUGGGAGGUGGAGACAAGCACUCUUCGUUCUGUGCCAAGCGGCGCAGCGUUCUCUUUUGAGAGAUCUGGUCUCGUACAGCGCAGGUGUCAGCGCCUGUGCCAAAGGGAAGGACUGGACGAAGUCGCUUUGGCUUUUGCAAGAACUUCGUGAAGCUGGCUUGAGACCAGAGGACAUAGCAUACAAUGCCGCUGUAAGCUCCUGUGAAGACACCUGGCAAUGGAAAGAGUCUUUGGAACUUCUUGCAGCAAUGACUUGUGAUGAUCUGAAGCCCAAUGUCCUCAACUUGAAUGUAGUGAUCGGCGCCUGCUGCAAGGCAUCAGAAUUGCGCCCUCUACAGGAGCUACUGGGAUCCGUUCGACGCUGGGUUUCACCCGGGAGAGCAAAUUUACGGACUCUUUCUGAACAAGCGGUGCGGAAAAAAGGCAUGCAUGCAGUCGAACAUCGGAACGGUUAG